CUGAGCUUCGGAAGUCGGAAGUGUCUGUGUUCGAAGCUUUCGCACCUCCGCCGCAUUCUGUUUACUUCGCUUGUCUAUGAUGUUAGCAGCUAAAACCCUUCCAAAUUUUCCAUCUUCAUUCCCUUUGAUCUCCAAAAUCCCUAACAGAACUUCUCGUCCAACCAAUCCCAAUCUCUCAUUCUCUUCCCUUCCCAAAUUCUCCGUCAAAGCCGUCGCCAGCUCUGUCGAAAUUCCCACUCUUUCAGGCUCACUCACCCCCGAUCAGCUUCGCGUUGAUGUUCUCUCCGAAUCCCUCCCCUUCAUCCAGAAGUUUCGAGGCAAAACUAUCGUCGUCAAGUAUGGGGGAGCCGCUAUGAAGUCCCCCGAACUCCAAGCAUCCGUCAUCAACGACCUUGUUCUUCUCUCCUGUGUUGGUCUUCGCCCGGUAUUGGUCCAUGGCGGUGGACCGGAGAUAAACCACUGGCUCAGCCGCCUCAACAUUCAGGCGGUUUUCCGUGAUGGCCUCCGAGUUACGGACGCUGAGACUAUGGAGAUUGUGUCCAUGGUUUUGGUCGGCAAGGUGAACAAGACCCUGGUGUCGCUUAUCAAUAAGGCUGGGGCCACCGCCGUUGGGCUUUCGGGCAUUGAUGGCCGGCUAAUGACGGCUCGCCCGAGUCCCAAAGCUGCUGAAUUGGGAUUUGUCGGGGAGGUUGCUCAGGUUGAUCCGUCGGUUCUCCGGCCACUAAUUGAUAACAAUCACAUUCCGGUGGUGACGUCCGUCGCUGCCGAUAAUCUGGGUCAGGCUUAUAAUAUCAAUGCAGACACAGCGGCCGGAGAGUUGGCUGCGGCACUUGGUGCUGAGAAAUUGAUAUUGCUGACCGAUGUUGCGGGUAUACUGGGGGACCGGGAUGACCCCAGGAGCUUGGUGAAGGAGAUUGAUAUAUCGGGGGUGAAGAAGAUGAUAGAGGAAGGCAAGGUUGCCGGUGGAAUGAUUCCCAAGGUGAAUUGCUGUGUGCGAUCGCUUGCACAGGGAGUGAGAACCGCCAGCAUCAUCGACGGCCGGGUACCGCACUCUUUACUCCUCGAAAUAAUGACCGAUCAAGGUGCCGGAACUAUGAUAACUGGCUAACUCAGAUUUUGCAGCUGUGAAUUAACCAUGCGAAGUAAGAUGUCUGGUGCUACUGUGCUAUGAAAGUGUGGCUUCCGUCAUUCUGUGUAGCUGUUGCCUGUACUAAAUUAUUUGUUGUUACAUCAACUGUGUCAAUGUUUUAAGCCGUCUGCUUUAAUUGCAAGUUCAUAAACUGUGCAAGUGGUUUCUUGCAAUAAAGAAAAAAUUAUCUCA